AUGCCUUUUUUCGAAGGGGCAUCCGAAAUUUCGAUUCGACAGCCUGUUUUCAACGAAGUCGGUAGAGAUCAGGUCAAUAAUCACUACCAUGUUAUUCAGGAGGAGAAACAAUAUACUAUUUAUGAUGAGUUCAGAACCAUAAGGCUUGGAGAUGUGGAGAUGAUCCAGAAGCUCGGGGAUGUAACUUUUCGCAAGCAGGGUGGGGUACUCAGAACAACGUUCACUGCCACUGUUCAUUCUGGUCAAGGUUCAAAAUGUACAGUGUUAUCGUAUAGCGGACCUGAUGCAGAGGAGCAAUGGGAGAGGGACUUUAGACAGAUCUCUGGGCUACAGUGCGUUCAAAACAUUCCUGGGGAUUCUCCUGAACUAGCGACAGAAAUACACAAAUAA